CAAGUGCGGGGAUUCCUAUGUGGGCGGGGCACUCUCUCCCACUUCGAGGCUUUCUUGUUACCGGCAUUCCAGUCAAGCAAGAGGUUUCUGAGUUCGGUGUUUUCGGUGGUUUCUUAAGAGACAUCGGCUUUCUGCUCGUUCAGCCUGUAAGCGUUCGGGGAAGUGCUAGUAGAUAGACUGCGUGCUAGCGGUCUACAACGAUAAAUUCGGCAGAGCAGCGGUAAGAGGCCCGGCGCUCCCAUCAUGGCUGACAACGACAAACUGGACAACCAGCGGCUGAAGAAUUUCAAGAACAAAGGCCGCGACCUGGAGAGCAUGAGAAGACAGAGAAAUGAAGUUGUUGUGGAACUGAGAAAGAAUAAGAGAGAUGAGCAUUUGCUUAAAAGAAGAAAUGUUCCCCAUGAAGAUAUUUGUGAAGAUUCUGAUGUUGAUGCAGACUUCAGAGUGCAAAAUACUUCGCUGGAAGCCAUUGUACAGAAUGCAUCAAGUGACCAUCAAGGCAUUCAGCUCAGUGCUGUGCAAGCUGCAAGAAAGCUCCUUUCUAGUGACCGUAAUCCACCAAUUGAUGACUUGAUAAAAUCUGGAAUUUUACCCAUUUUGGUUCAUUGUCUGGAGAGAGAUGAUAAUCCAUCUCUUCAGUUUGAAGCUGCGUGGGCUUUGACAAACAUUGCAUCCGGAACAUCUGAACAAACACAAGCUGUGGUUCAGUCAAAUGCUGUACCACUGUUCUUAAGAUUAUUGCAUUCCCCCCAUCAAAAUGUUUGCGAGCAGGCUGUCUGGGCACUGGGGAAUAUUAUUGGUGAUGGGCCUCAGUGCAGAGAUUAUGUGAUCAGCCUUGGUGUUGUAAAACCUUUGCUGUCUUUUAUCAAUCCAUCUAUUCCCAUUACUUUCCUGAGGAAUGUUACCUGGGUGAUGGUCAAUUUGUGUCGUCAUAAAGAUCCACCACCACCUAUGGAGACCAUUCAAGAGAUCCUUCCAGCACUCUGUGUGCUUAUACACCAUACAGAUGUAAAUAUACUGGUGGACACUGUCUGGGCCCUCUCCUAUCUGACAGAUGCUGGUAAUGAACAAAUUCAGAUGGUGAUAGACUCUGGAAUAGUGACAAACUUGGUUCCUCUUCUAAGCAACCCAGAAGUUAAAGUGCAGACUGCUGCUUUGAGAGCUGUUGGCAACAUUGUUACUGGAACUGACGAACAGACCCAGGUUGUUCUAAAUUGUGAUGCGCUGUUACAUUUUCCAGCAUUGCUGACACAUGCCAAGGAAAAAAUUAAUAAGGAGGCAGUGUGGUUCUUAUCCAAUAUUACUGCAGGCAACCAGCAGCAAGUUCAGGCAGUGAUCGAUGCUAACCUUGUGCCUAUGAUCAUACAUUUGUUGGAUAAGGGUGAUUUUGGAACCCAGAAGGAAGCUGCUUGGGCUAUAAGCAAUUUAACAAUCAGUGGAAGAAAAGAUCAAGUUGCAUAUCUUAUCCAACAAAACGUUAUCCCUCCUUUCUGCAACCUACUUACGGUCAAAGACCCCCAAGUCAUUCAAGUUGUGUUGGAUGGAUUAAGCAACAUUUUAAAAAUGGCUGAUGAGGAUUCUGAAACUAUAGCCAAUCUUAUUGAAGAGUGUGGGGGCCUGGAAAAGAUAGAACAGCUGCAAAGCCACGAGAAUGAAGAUAUCUACAAACUGGCAUUUGAAAUAAUUGAUCAGUUUUUCUCAUCAGAUAUUGAUGAAGAUUCUAACCUUGUCCCAGAAACAAUCCAGGGAGGAACAUUCAGCUUCAAUUCAUCUGCCAAUGUACCAGCUGAAGGGUUCCAGUUUUAGGAGGAAUGGUUGAAAGGGAGAUACAUUGCAGCACUGAAAAUUGGUUUGAUCCAUCAAGCUUGGCUCAUGGGAUCUGCUGCAUUAAAUCGGAGAAAGAAAUGUGAGGACUUCAUUUGGAUGACAGUAUAGAGCAAAUGAAGUCAAGAUGGCGAGUGGAUGCGAGUGAGAGUGAGUGGCAAAUGUAAUGAAAACUUCACACCGAAUGCUUAUAUAGGUUGUGCAGAGGAAAAGGGCUAUAGGUCAAAGAUCUUCAGUGCCUGAGUGGGAAAAUUGACCUGAAAGAGAAAUUGAUGAAAUGCAGUACUAUCAUCAUCAAGCCUUGUAAGCAUAAAAAGAAACACAUGGGUAGGAUGCCCGCAUAAGUCCAAGGAGAUUAAGCCCAGGCCUUGCUAAGAAGCUCCGUAUGAAUGGACAGCAUUGAAUGAAUGUCUGGACACCCAGUUGUGAAUCCAGGCUCAUUUUUCGAACGUGAGGCUAUUCACUCAUGAUGCAGACUCCCAGUCCAGGAGUGGCGUGUGUACGAGAGUAUGGGUGUGGUGCUGUAUGUGAACGCAUGCAAGCUUGAAUCGCCUUCAAGGGGUUGACUAAACCUGGAAAAUCACAAAUAAAAUCAUAAGUGUUACCUUACACUGGACAUAAAAACAGAGACAUGUUUAGAAGCAGAUUUUGGGUUACUCCUCAGUCGGUUUUGCUUUCUUUUACUUUUUUUUUUUUUCUUUUUUUCAUUUUAAACUUCUGUUUGUACGGCUUGUAUCAUAUUUUUUUUCUCCUGCACAAAAAAAUAAGGAAAUUAAGAAGGCAACCUUGUGCAUUUGCACCAGAUGAAUGUGUUCUGCAAAAUGUUCCAUAUCAUCAGAGCUCAUUUGUGUACAAAAUUCUGCAUGGAACCCAGGAUUGUCCGUGAAUCUAAGAACUGUUUUACAGUACAACAUGCCAAAUGAGGGGAAACGAGUAGAGAGGAUAAAACGUCUGUUAUUAAGCCAUCCUUCCAUUUUCAGAGAUAACAUAAUUAAUUUGCAUGUUUAUUUUUAGCUACGUUUUGUUAAGUCCUGUACAGAUGUUUCAGUUGUGGUAGAAGCUGUGCGGUGUUUCAAUACUUUUUGUUUUCAACAUUUGUUUUCUAUGAAAAUGAUAUGGAAACGUCUAAACUGAGAAUUGGUGCAUAUGUACUGCUGCAUUCAGAUUGUUAGAAGGUGUGACUAGAUGUACAGACCUAUUCAUGGUUUCAACACCUUUACUAUGCCUAAGCAGUUCCAUUGUUUUAGAAUCUUUUAUCUUUAGAUGUAGGCAGCCAUGAACAAUCUAUUUUGAGCCACUUUAGGGAGAUAUUUGUAUUUUAAAACUUGCAUUCUCUGCAUGCAAGUCUCUUUUAUUUGGAGAACCGCCUCUGCCUGAGGUACCGCACACUAAAUUUGAAAGCUGCAUUGAUUAUGUUAUAUUAAGAGAACUCUUUAUAAGGUGGCUCAUUGUAGGAAAUGCUGUGCCUUCCCCUUGAGCACAAGUGUUGCAUGAACAACAAUUUGCUGUUACUCAGACAUGCAAGGUUUAGCCACCAUUAGCCUAGAUAUAUCUACUUUGUGUUUAAAGUUAAAUGGUAAUUCUGAAACACUGUAGACUGGAUAAAGAUUAUUUUGUGAUCAUAAUUUGUUGGAUUAGAGUAUUUUUGCAGCAUUCCUUGUCAUCUGAAGUAUGGCUUAAGGUUACAAUUAGAAACAGCAGAAACUAGCUUGUACAUUUAUUUAUGUAGAAAGCAAGCUAGGCUGUCAUGGGGAAUAAAGCAUAAACCUUAAAAAACUUUCUAUUGGAUCUUUUUUUUUUUUUCCCUCAUGUUCAAUUUAUACCCAUAUAAUACCCACAAAGUCACACAAUGCCCAAUUACCAGGACUGGAAUGACAGUAUCUGUUCAGGCGUAUGACAUACAUGGUAUCUGACAACCAUGAUUUAUUCUUUGGUCAAAACCCCACAACACUAUCUCCAUCCUCUCCAAAUUAAAGGAGAUUGUGUAAAAAGGCAAGUUUAGGAAGUUUCUGUGAUUCCCAGUAGUUGAGUUUAGAGGCACAAUGGCUGUUGGGUUGUACUGUUUCAUGCUGUUUACUGACUUAGAGCAAAAUGUGACUUAAAGAACAUCUAAUGUUUAUCUCAAGAUUUGGCUGCAGUUAUCACUACUCUGCUGGCUAGAAUAAUAACGUGUGUCUGACACCCUUUGGAAACUGGUACAGCUGUGCCUUAUAGAAACAUCAGAAAGGGUUUCUCACAGUGGCAUAAUAUGUUAAUUGAUUUGAUUGAACCCCAUGAUAAGAAAAAUCAUCCUGAAAGUUGGAACUGUUCCCAGGAGCAACCCUAGUCAUAACCCUGUGAGCUUUACAGACACAGCUACCAGGGCUAGCAUUACAGAGGAUGGAGGGGGAAAUACAUUCAAAUAGUAUUCCAAACCUGUUCUUCCAACGCACAACAGUUGGACUUAACUGGUAAAAUAUAGCUCAUUGCCCCAGGCAUUUAUUCUGGCUGUAAACUACAACUUCCAAUAUCCCACUGGCAAUAAUAGGCUAGUGAGGGGGUGCUGGGAGUUGCUGAAACGAUAUAGAUUAUUCAUAAAACGUAAGCUCUUCUAUUUUCAAUCACAUGUUAUGUGAGCAUUCUGCAAAACAUUCAGCACAUUUCCAAUGUGUUUGUCUAAUAGAGAGCGUGCAGCUUUGCGCAAAAACUAAAACCGUGAGUUACCAUUGGGGUGCUAGUAUAAACCUUGUAAGUCAGGACUCCUGCUCUCGAGUUUUGAUUUAUUAAAUCUAUUACAUGUGUAACACUUCUCAAAAAGCUUUGCAUUAAACCCCAUUGACCAUUAUUAUGGUAUUGUUUAAGCAGCUUUAUUCCACAUGGUGUGGGGAUUGUAUUUCUACUAUAAAGAGGAAGAUAAAACCUAACUAUAUGUAGUUUCUAUUCCCUUUACAUUACACAGACGUGUGAUAUGGGUCACUGUAUGUAUAGCAUGUUUCAUCUUGACAUGACUGCAUUUAUAUUUGCCCUGUAGUCAAUUCUCCGUUGACUCAUUAGAUUUGAAUUUCUCUUGAAUUAAAAACAAAAACAAUUGCAGAAAAGGGAUGUUCUAAUGUUAAUGUAAGUUAUGCCCUCCUAAUACAUCUAUUUAAGUGGGGGUGAAUAAUAUUUUAUAAUUAAGAUAUUUCUCUAUAAAUGUUACAUGCCUAUGGGGGAAAUCGCAUUGGAGUUGUAUUCUGAUUCGUAAUAACUAUUUUAUUAAUAAGCAUCCUACAUUAAGGCAGAGUAAUGGUUUUGCUUUUAAUCCUUGCCAAACAAGUACAAUCCCACUGCAACAAAAAAAAGGGAUGCUUCGUGUCUUUAAAAAAAAAAAAAAAAGUAUCAUCCAUAAUGUGAAAGUUUAUCUUUGGAAAAUAAAUUUCUUUUGUGAAAGCUC